GAAUCAAAGCCGACCGCCAAUAAAAGUCGUGUUCCUCUGCCGUCACUCGAUGGUAAAACAUAACCCAACCCCAAUCCACUUUCCAAGAAAACCCUCCUCCUCCUCCUCCUCCUUCUUCAGCCUGUAUAAAUAACCAACAGGCGAUUCGCUUUAUUCAAAACAGCCCAACCCACAACAAAAAGCUUUCUUUUACGGAAUCACAAGGAUAUUUGUUUUUCUAAUGGCUGGUGUUGGUAAAGCGGUUCCGGAAUUCCAGGACCUGUUGCCGGUGAUGGCGGAGAGGCUUGGCGGAGAAGGGCUGAUGAGGGAGCUGUGUAACGGGUUCCAACUGUUGAUGGACAAGGAGAAAGGGGUGAUCACGGUGGAGAGCUUGAAGAGUAACGCGGCGGUGCUGGGGUUGCAGGAUUUGAGACACGAUGAGCUCGUCAGCAUGGUGGAAGAAGGCGACACCGACGGCGACGGAGCCCUCAGUGAGAUGGAGUUCUGCGUGUUGAUGUUCAGAUUAAGCCCUGAAUUGAUGCAAGAGUCGCAGUUAUUGCUGGAGGAGUUUCUUCAAGAAGAGCUCAAAUCCGCUGCCUUCUAUUAGGAUUUUCUCUUCUCCCUCUUUUUCUUUCUGAUUUAUUAUCAAUAAUAAUUCAUUGCAAU